UGCGAUAAAAAGAGCGCACACAUGAACCAAGGCCACCGCACAAAUCAAAAGCACAGAGAAAAUUAAGAAACGAAAGAGCGAGUCAGACGUAAUUUCUCUCUCGCCACCGCCACUCUCUCUACUAUAUAAAUCCGCACCCUUCCCAUCUUUCUUCCCCUCUUCUCUUUCCUCUGUCACAUACAUACGUACGGUUCCAGUAUAGAGAUGGAUACCUUCCUCUUCACCUCUGAAUCUGUCAAUGAGGGCCACCCUGACAAGCUCUGCGACCAGGUCUCAGAUGCCAUCCUUGAUGCUUGCCUAGAGCAAGACCCAGAGAGCAAAGUUGCCUGCGAGACCUGCACAAAGACUAACAUGGUCAUGGUCUUCGGGGAGAUCACGACGAAGGCUAAAGUAGACUAUGAGAAAAUAGUUCGAGAUACUUGCAGAGGCAUAGGGUUUGUGUCACCAGAUGUUGGUCUUGAUGCAGAUAACUGCAAGGUCCUAGUCAACAUCGAGCAACAGAGCCCUGACAUUGCCCAAGGAGUUCAUGGCCACCUCACCAAGAAACCUGAGGAAAUUGGAGCUGGUGAUCAAGGCCACAUGUUUGGCUAUGCUACAGAUGAGACACCUGAAUUCAUGCCGCUUACUCAUGUUCUUGCUACCAAACUCGGUGCCAAGCUCACCGAGGUCAGAAAGAAUAACACAUGCUCAUGGCUGAGGCCUGAUGGUAAGACUCAAGUGACUGUUGAGUAUCAGAAUGAAAAUGGAGCCAUGGUCCCUAUCCGGGUGCACACUGUUCUCAUCUCAACUCAACAUGAUGAGACUGUGACAAAUGAGCAGAUUGCCAAGGAUUUGAAAGAGCAUGUGAUCAAGCCUGUCAUUCCAUCCCAGUAUCUUGAUGACAAGACCAUAUUCCACCUCAAUCCGUCGGGUCGGUUUGUCAUUGGUGGACCUCAUGGAGAUGCAGGGCUUACUGGUCGGAAGAUCAUUAUCGAUACCUAUGGUGGGUGGGGUGCUCAUGGUGGAGGUGCCUUCUCAGGGAAGGACCCAACAAAGGUGGACCGGAGUGGUGCAUAUAUUGUUAGGCAGGCAGCAAAGAGUGUGGUGGCUUCAGGGCUUGCCCGACGCUGUAUUGUGCAGGUUUCUUAUGCCAUAGGUGUGCCGGAACCACUGUCAGUUUUUGUGGACACCUACAAAACAGGGAAGAUUCCAGACAAGGACAUUCUGGCUCUGAUUAAGGAGAAUUUCGACUUUAGGCCAGGAAUGAUUGCCAUCCAUCUAGAUCUUAAGAGAGGAGGUAAUUUCAGGUACCAAAAGACUGCUGCUUAUGGUCAUUUCGGCCGUGAUGAUUCAGAUUUUACAUGGGAAACAGUAAAGAUCCUCAAGCCUAAGGCUUGAGUCAACAAUUGGUUCAUUUUGUAGCCAUCCUUAUAUGCUUGCAGAGAAAGAAUAAAUUGCCUUCGAUGCGUACUUCAGAUGUCGAGUAUACCCAUUACAGCUCAAGAUGAGAAGUGGAGAGAGAUGUUUGCGUUAAGUUGAGGUGUUUCAUAAAGAGGGAUUUUGUAGCAUUCGCAGCAUCUGUCAUUCACCAUUUAUCACUCUCUAUUUUUUUCUUCAGCUUUUACCACUCCAUUGUUCAUGUAUUGUUUCCGCGGCCAACCUGCAUGGUUGACGUGGACUCUACAAUGUCAUUUGUUUCAAUUGAUUCAUUUUCGGUUAUAAUA